AUGACACUGAAACUUCUACGGCUAUCAUCAAGAAAUCCAGACAUCAAUAAAUUCUUUCAAUGUCCAGAUACCUCGUUUGAUAUUUUAAGUAAUAAUCCUACAGAUUCUCGUCCUCAUUUAUCUUCUUUCGAUGUUAGUCCAAGCGGUGAACAUUUUAUUGCUUCUUUCACUGGAUCAUCUGUAAACUUGUAUGAAACUCAAACGGGAACUAUUCGGCGUUCUCUUGAAGGUCAUGUUGGAGAUGUAUAUAAUUGCAAAUUUUUUCCAUCUGGUGUAGUUGCACUUACAGCAGGUAGUGAUAUGCAGUUGAAAAUUUGGUGUCUAAUUACUGGUCGGUGUGCAGCUACUCUCGGUCCAAAAUCUACUGAUGGAUCAACAGAACCAGGAGGUCAUAAAGCUGCUAUUUUGGACACUGCUAUCAUAGAUCGUGGUCGUAAUAUUACUUCUAUAGAUCGAUUAGGUUGGUUAAGGCUAUGGGAUGUAUCGACACAAACUUGUAUAUCAGCAAUUCCAGUAACUCCAAAAGCACUUGAACCGUAUACUACUACCAUUAAUUCUUCUUCAAUGGUUUUAGAAGAAAUCACUUGUUUAACUAUUCGAAAACAUUCUAAUUUACCAAUUCAAACAAUGGAUUUUAUCAAUAAUACAGAUUCUUGGUAUCAUGUUCAAGAGACAUCAACACCAGCGCAAGAAGUUGCUACAUCAGAUGCUUUAGUUGCUGUUGGAACUGGUACUAAUGCCACAGUUCGUUUAUAUGAGCUGGCUGCACGUCAAAAAGGUUGUGUUAUUCAAUGUACAUUACCAGGCGGUAAUGGAUCUGUGGAAGCAUGUGCUUUCCCUGAAGAUAUACCAUCGACACAAUUUUCCAAAGAGAUUCAAUUUAUUGAUGUACCUAGAAGUUGUGUAUCAAGCUUUAUGGAUUAUGGACUAUUUGCCGGUGGUGGUCAACAAGGAGAACUUGCUUCAUGGGAUAUACGUCAAACAAAACAACCAUUAUGGCAAUUAACAUCUGAACAAAGUACUGUUCAACAUAUACGCGUAUGUAGACGACCGAAUUGUCAAUACCUACUGCUUAUUGUUAGUCGAAAUGAUGGCCGAACUAUUGUCUAUGCAUAUGAUCCAGCAGCCACAGGACAUGUGAAUGACGUCAGCGGCAAUGCACAAAUCUUAUCAACUAGUUUAGAACUUACAGGUGUAAAUUGUGAACCAAUACGUGGUCUUUCAUUAGUACAUAGUGAAGUAACAGGAGAAAUUAAUGUUUGGAAUGCAGCACGAAGUGGAAUUGUUAAUCAAUAUAAAAAGCUGUUAGAUGAGACAAUAUUUACAAACUGUUAA